AUGGCACGUAAUGUAUCAUACAUGCUUAAUUUGUAUCAUACAAGUAAGUAUGUGAUAGAGAACGGUAGCAUCAACACUUUUUCGAAUACGCCGGAUGAUGGUUUGUUUGUCGAAGAAAGGUUGUCAUAUGAGGGAUUGAUUAGUAAGAUUUGUAUGACCCUUGGUUGGGAUCCAGCAUACGUGAAACUCCACCUUUCUUUGAUUUUCGAUAGUCCCGGUGGUAGGCAUGUAGUGAAGAUCAAGAAUGAUUCGCAUGUAGAGUUCAUGAACCGUGUAGAUCCAAUAGGGGAACGUGCUAGUACUUCUCGAAACCGUGAUGAAGAGGAGACACCUUUAUUUGCACAAAAUGACUACCGGGAAGAGUCGGAUUCCGACUACAUAGCUCCAAGUGAAAGCGAAGAAGACUGUGAUGUCUCCGGAGAGAGUGAUUUUGAAGAAAGUGAUGAUGAAAGGUUGGAAAAUGAGGAAAGGGAUUGUAAUCUAUUCGAUCGACGCCAUGUAUAUAGUAAGAUGGGGAACUGGGAUGCCUCAUGUGUAGACAAGGAUGAGUUUGCUCUUAAAAUGUGGGAUGAGACGCCCGAAGGAAUGGACAUUGGUGUUUGUUUCAAAUCUCAAUCAGAAGCAAAGCAUGCUGUGAAAUUAUGGAACAUCCAUCAUAAAAGGGAAUAUACGGUCGCCGCGAGUAGUCCAAGAACGUGGGCUGUGCGGUGCAGAACAUUUAAUGUGGAAAGUGAGGAUGGUGAACCACCAUGUGAGUGGAAGAUGCGUGUGUCAUUGAAAGCUCACGGCCUUCAUGAAAUUGUGAGAUGGCAUGAUGCACAUAAUUGCAUGACUCCUGUGAAUGAUAAUGACAAUCGAGAAGAACAAUUGUAUGUGAGAAAUUGCAUGACACCGAUCCCUCCUGAGUUAUGGAAAAAAUACGAGAAAAUGAAUGAUAAAGCAGCCAGUUUUGAAGCCACUCCUUUCGAUGGUGAUGAUGCUAUGUGGCGUGUUGUUACUGCCACACGCCUAAGUGGCAGGGGUGGGUCUCUGCAUACGGUGAACUACGAUGAACAUAGGAUUGAAAUGGCGACGCCGGUAUCGGGCUCCCAAUAUGACUAUCAACCUAAACAUCUUCACCCGGGACCUAUACAAGAUAAAAUGCUAUAUCGUCAAACAAAGCAUAGGUCCCAAGCUGUCUAUGAGAACAGGAUACCGGACAUUAAGACAUUCCGCCUCAAGGGCCGUAGGAGAGAAGAGUUCGUGCUACGAGAUUUGGAGGAAGGAGAUCCUGGUUCUGUAUAUGAGGGGUACUAUGAAUGGUUUAUGGUGAACACUGUCAGAUUGAUAUCCAAUCCCGAUAAUUAUGAACCUCAAGGAUACGAGACUUCUUCAAGCCGCGUGAAAUUAUAUGGUGAAGUAUUGAACAACAUUCGCGUGAGUACCGAGAGGUUUAGAGAAAAACGAGAAGAUGAUAAUCUCCUAGACGAAGAACUUGACAAGCAUUUGGACGAUAUCAUCAAUCAAACACAUGCUGCUUUAACCUUGGGCGCAAAUGAUGAAAUGGAGGUGGAUGAUACCCAAAUCCUGGUUGAUGAAGAUCCAUUUUUUCCCUCAAAACCUCCGCCGGGUAAAAAAGCGAAACCGUAG